AUGAUUGACGUGAUAGAUAGAGCAUUAUGUUGUUUUAAUCGCAUAUUGCCAGAAGAACCGGCAGGCGAAAAAAUCUGCCUGGAAAAAUCUGGUUUUAAAAUAGAUACCGAACAAAAUCCUGUGUUCACGCUGGAAAGAGUCGACGUUGAUGAGAGGGAAAUAGAUGCAGCUUUUCCAAGGCUUGUGAGGCAGCUGGCAUUUGUAUUUGGCAAAUUUCAGGCGGAAUUGGAUUUGUCACCAGAAAACCAGAAAAUGCUGCUAGAGCAACCAAUAGAGAAAAAAUGGCUGAUGCUUAUGAAGCAAACUGCUAUCAGAGAAAAAUAUGGCAUUGGGGAUAAUAGAACAGCAGAAGAGUUUGCAGAAAUUCUUCACGAUCGGAAUUUAAUGGACUCUGAAAAUAGCCUUCGGACUCUGGAUGCGCUAUUCCUGUCACUGAGAACGCAGUCACACAGUUACGUUGAAACAUUCAUUAGACUUGGCGGAAUUGGAUCACUGCGAAGUUUGUUGAACGGUUUUCGAAAACGUUCCGGUUCGGAGUAUCACACUGUUGCAGUGCUGUACUGCUUCCGAGCACUCCUCAAUUCCACGGUAUUUCCUAUUCUGUUUUUUAACCAAUAG